UCCCGGCCGGAGGCUGCUGCGCUGGCGGCUGCCGGAGGGACCCCGAGAGAGUGUCUCCACGCAGCCCCUCCCUCCUGUGGUGACUGAUUGUGUCUGUAGCAGCGGCCGUGCGAGAGUGUGUGCGCGCCCGUCCCCGCGAGCGCGGGGAUGUCUGUCGUCUAGACAGGCGGCACCCUCCCUCCGUCCCCGGUGAGCCCGCGGGCCGCGGGGGGCGCGGGGGAUGGGAGCAGAGGAGGAAUCCGAAUCGGUGGAGCCAUUGCGGUCGCAGCUUUGGACAUUCCUUACGCCCCCACACAGCCCCUGAGCUGGAGGGAUGGAGAACUCCUCUGCUGCGUCAGCCUCAUCUGAGGCUGGGAGCAGCCGCUCCCAGGAGAUCGAGGAGCUGGAGCGCUUCAUUGACAGCUACGUGCUCGAGUACCAGGUGCAGGGGCUGUUGACCGACAAGACGGAGGGGGACGGUGAGAGCGAGCAGACGCAGUCCCACAUCUCCCAGUGGGCAGCAGACCACGGUGAGCGGCUAGACAGCAGCUGUCCCUUCUCCCGAGGGCGAGCCCCCCCGCAGCAGAAUGGCAGCAAAGACAACUCUCUGGACAUGCUGGGCACGGAUAUCUGGGCUGCCAACACCUUUGAUUCCUUCAGUGGUGCCACCUGGGACCUGCAGCCUGAAAAGCUGGACUUCACCCAGUUCCACCGGAAGCUGAGACACACCCCCAAGCAGCCCCUGCCACAUAUCGACCGGGAAGGGUGUGGAAAAGGGAAGCUAGAAGAUGGGGAUGGCAUCAACCUGAAUGACAUCGAGAAGGUCCUCCCAGCCUGGCAGGGCUACCACCCAAUGCCCCACGAAGUGGAGAUCGCCCACACCAAGAAGCUGUUCCGGCGGCGGAGAAAUGACCGGAGACGGCAGCAGAGACCUCCAGGAGGAAACAAGCCCCAACAGCACGGUGACCACCAGCCGAGCAGUGCCAAACACAACAGGGACCACCAGAAAUCCUACCCAGGGGGCUCGGUGCCGCACCCCUCAGGGAGGCCCACCCAUCACGGCUACAGCCAGAACCGGCGCUGGCACAACAACAUGAAGCACCCCCCAGGCGACAAGGGGGAGGCAGGCACCCACCGCAAUGCCAAAGAGACCGUGACCAUGGAGAGCGCCAAACUUGAGGACGCCCUGGGGGACACGGGGCACAGCGGCCUCGAGCCCCCCCGCAGCCCUGAUGCCCCAGCCCCCGUGGCUUCUGAGAGGCUGCCCCCACAGCAGCCGGGGGGUCCAGAGGCUGAGACAAAGCGUAAAGACAGUAUUAUUCCCGAGCGCAUCGGGGAGCGGCCCAAAAUUACCCUGCUCCAGUCUUCCAAAGACAGGCUGCGGCGAAGGCUGAAAGAAAAGGUACCGGUAAGUGCUGGCCAGCUGCGGUCCCCACCAGAGUCGAGAGCAAAGGACGAAGUGGCAGUGGAGACCACCAACCCUCAGCAGAAUAAGAUGGACAAGUUGAUUGAGAUCCUGAACAGCAUGCGGAACAACAGCAGCGACGUGGAUGCCAAGCUCACCACCUUCAUGGAGGAGGCCCAGAACUCGACCAACUCCGAGGAGAUGCUGGGAGAGAUCGUCCGGACCAUCUACCAGAAGGCCGUAUCUGACCGCAGCUUUGCCUUCACGGCCGCCAAGCUCUGCGACAAGAUGGCACUCUUCAUGGUGGAGGGGACCAAGUUCCGGAGCCUGCUUCUCAACAUGCUUCAGAAGGACUUCACCGUGCGGGAAGAGCUUCAGCAGCAGGAUGUGGAACGCUGGCUUGGCUUCAUCACCUUCCUGUGUGAGGUGUUCGGGACCAUGCGUAGCAGCACCGGCGAGCCCUUCCGUGUGCUCGUCUGCCCCAUCUACACCUGCCUCAGGGAGCUUUUGCAAUCUCAGGAUGUGAAAGAAGAUGCCGUCCUGUGCUGCUCGAUGGAGCUGCAGAGCACAGGCCGGCUGCUGGAGGAGCAGCUGCCCGAGAUGAUGACCGAGCUCCUGGCCAGUGCGCGCGACAAGAUGCUCUGCCCCUCAGAGUCGAUGCUGACCCGGUCACUGCUUCUGGAGGUCAUAGAGCUCCAUGCCAACAGCUGGAACCCUCUGACGCCCCCCAUCACACAGUACUACAACAGAACCAUCCAGAAACUGACAGCCUGAUGGCCAGGGGGCCUGGCGGGCAGCCCGCGGGCAGCUGGGGCCCUGGUACCCAGGGCCAGAUGGACAGGCGGGAGGACAGGGGUGGCCCUGGCGGGAGAAAGAAGUGGGGAGGAAAGCAGGCAGAGCUGGGGGCCAGGCUGGAGCCAGACCGGGAAGGAGGAGCGCCCCUCAUCUGAGCCCCCCCAGCCCCACGCAUGCGGCAGCUCACACCAAUAAGGGAAGCAUGUUUCUUUCUCAUGGUGCCCCCCCCCCCGCCGCCCCCGUCGUCCCCUCCCCACUCCCGCUCCUCCCCGCCCCCUCCCAUCAACCGCGUCCCCGCAGGGCUUUGUGCGAGGGGUUUCAUCGGCGUGACUCCUCCGAGGCCCUGGCAGCUCGGCACGCCGGGGUACCGCUUGGGUCAGAAAGGACCUCAGAAGGCUGAAAAAGUGGGUCGGAGACGGGCUUGCAUUGUUCCUGCUGUCAGCCGCGGUCGCCAACUGGCAGCAGGCGACGUAGAGCAGAUGUCCGGGAGGACAAAAGCAGGCACGGUCCCCACCAGCCGCCCGUAAUUGACGGCCUUUGUCCGCCACGCUCGGCCUGGGGGACGGAGGCUUCUCCUCUAACCUGCACGCUGCACCCUCCCCACUCCCCGUUCCUCCUCCGUGUGGCCCCCCAGCCUCAGGCCCAGGGGCGGGGUGCAGGGAGGGGAGCUGGGGUGUGUGGCUCUGCUCGUGCUCUUGUGUUUUAUUGUUUUAUUUUCAAAAGUCAGCUGCUUUGAAGUCUCCUCUCUCCAUGAAAAGAGUCCGAGCUGUGAUCACACAGUCAGCACCACUGAGGACCCCCUGAUUAGUGGAAGAUCAAACCCGGCCCCCUCUGGAAGGAUUCUAGCCACAGAUAGCUUGCCAGUGGCCAAUUAGGGUAAUUGGAAACUUCUGCCCCGGAGGGGGGUCCCCCUGGAACCCUGUGCUCCGCAGCCCUUGGCUUCCAGGACCUCUGUUCUCUUCUUCCUGCUCUGCUCUGUCAAAGGGCUGAUGCUGUGGCAGGCGCCAGGAGUGUGUUAAACCCCAUCCUGGCUGGGGCUGGGGGGGCGGGGCGGCUGUGGUGAAUGGGGCACAGUCAAGACGGGCAAAUUCAAACCAAAAGGCUAGGUGAUGUCGCCUGAGCCACACACAGGUCUCCUCCCGAGCUUAGUGGGGGGAAAGUGGCCGUUGGGGGCUGCCUGGCUCCCCGGGACUUGGAGCUUAGCUAAAUGGGCUGUGUCGAUGGCCCAGCCUCAUCGCGGGCAGGAUCCAGAAGCCGAGGCCCCCCACAGCCAAGGUCUGUACGCUCCAGGAGGGCUCUGGGCACUGCGGACCCCGGGGCUGGGGGGGGGCGGUGCAUUCACUGAGUCGUGAGUAGAACAGUGAAAUGAGCAGGCGGGGCCGACGCAUCUUUCCAGGCCUGGAAGGAGCGAGACUGGGGUUUCUUGGAAGGGCCAGGUCCUGGGGAGAGCCCCUUCUCUGUUGGAGGAGAAUGCAAGUCAGGCUCUAGGAAGCUGGCUUUGGGGUUGUCACAGGCAUCUGCCCGGCCCCAGCUCUGGGGUCUGGAGCCCGCACUUUGAUAAGCCCCCGUUAAACCACCUCAGAGCCCAGCAGCUUCUGGGUUCCCUGGGUCACUGGAGGGCCUUGGCUGCCUGGUCCACUCAGGCUGGCCAGGGGUUGAGGGCUGGAGGUUUUCCUCUGUGGACUCCGCUUCUGGGAGAGCAGGCAGGGUGGGGCGGGGGGAGCGGGUCCCCCAGUACUCCCUGGCUUUCCCCACCAGCUGCCACCCACCUUCCAGCCCCGGGAUAGGAGCCUAUGCUGGUCCCAAGGCAGAGCGUAUUGGAGACAUGUGUGGGGGACACAGGUUUACCUGGACUGGGUCUGUAGCCUCGGCCCGUGGCCUUCGCCUCCUCCCCUCCUUGAGCUUCUCCUCACUGCCUUUCCUCUUCAGCAGGCACCUUCAGCCCAGCCUGGGGCCCAGGGACACCAGGGACCCCACGGGAGGCCCCGAGGGAAGAGCUGGACUGAGGUUGGAGGGCUCAGAGGGGGCACCGGGGACCUCGUGGUCUGGAGGAGUCAAGCCGCCUCCGCCAGGCACGGAGCCGCCCCCAGGCAGCCCUCAGAGAGCUGCGUCUGGGCUGAAAUGGGCCUAGCUCCCCUUGAGUGUGAGUGCGAGUGCGAGGCGUGCGUGCAUGUGUGUGUAUGUGCGCGUGUGUGUGUGUGUGCGCGCGCGUGUGAGCACGUCUGCUGAGAACAAAGCAGGGCCCCAGAGGAAGGGAAUGACCCAGGGGAACAGGGCCUCCUGCCCGUUCCAUGAAGCAGAGAGCGAGCACGCAGGGGCUGAUGUUCCCUGCAAAGCCGAGGCCGGUGGUAUGGUGGGCGCCAUGGGCCUCAUGCCCCUUCCUCCUAAUGCCCCUUCCUCCUAACGGCCUCCUUGGUGGUUUUGCCUCAGGGCCACCCCUCCUCGACUGUUAGGACCAGAGUAUGAAGAAGUAAGAUAUAAAUAUGUAUACAUAUAUAAAUAUAUUUUUAAUUACGUGUCGUGUCACGGUGGUUCCAGACAUAUGGUUUGCCUAGUUUAUCCCAUUGCUUGAAAGUGCUUCCUGGCCAAUCCAAAUAACAAUGUAAGCUGUUUUUCUAAAUGCAGGUUGCUGCUACUCUUUGAGACAUGGAAGGAAAACAUUAAAAAAAAAAAUUUUUUUUUAAGGAAAUAACAGUAAAAAACAGUAAAGCAUUAAAAUCUGUGACUCUGAGGCUGCCUCCCAAGGGAGACAGGAACCAGGGAGCAGAAGUGGGCGCCCCUCAGACCCCUAGUCCCUCCCCAGGCCAGACCCCCCUUCUGCUGAGUGAGAAAGGCCAUAUCCAAGUUGACCUCUGAAUGUAUCUGAUGGGAGGCAAAACUGGAUAUUGCAUUUCUAAGGCUUGCGUUGUUUUCCCUACUCACCCCGCGGCUUUCUUGGCGCAGUGAAGAGGCGAAGUCCGGCCCUCUGAUGUUGAUCCUGUCUCGGUCUGUGCCCCCUCCCAGUCAAGACCAGAUAGUCCUUGCUUUCCUCUCAGGCGGCCAGCCCGCUCACCACAGCCCUGCUCCCCUUGGCCUCUUGGGUUUGCCUGAGCGCUGGGACUGCAGCCCCAAGAAGGCUCCUGACCUCCCCCGGAGAAGGUGGGAACCCCACCAUCCUCCGUGGGGAACAUGCACCCCCAGCCCAGUUUCGUCUGUUCGUCCUUCCUCGAUCAGUCUGUAAACCUUCGAGGUUUAGGGAUCGCCCUGUCCAUCCAUGUAAAUGUAAAUGUUGGCCGAGUCGGUAUUUAUUCUAAUUUUUAUUUUAUUUUCUCUGAGGGAUGGGGGGGUUGUGUGGGAAAUGUACCACUGAUCACGCCCUGGGCAGCUGCAGGGGCGGGGACCCCGCCAGCCAGGCCACCGCGAGGAGCAGCCCCAUGGGGCCGCCCCAGACGCCACGUUCCAGUCUCUGGCAUCAGAACCCGGCCAGUGUUCCUCGUGUGACAGACUCUCAGGACCUGCCCACGGAGUCCUGUGCCUCAGCUGCUGGCGCCCUGUGGGGCCCUCUGCCCGGGCCUCUGAGGAUGCAGAUCGCAGAGGAGACCGCUCCUCUGGUCGGGACGCUGGCGACAAGGGCUGCCCACCUCGCCUGAGCCAGCUGGGAGCCUGGCGACGGGACCUGCCUCCCUGGAGAAGGGGCCUGGGCCUUCCCGCCACAGCCACAGCAGAAUCCUCCUCACGCGACCACGUUCCCUCCCUCAGUAUGUCCUGCUUUCCAGCUGAACCCAGACUACAAGUGGGUUUAAAAAAUAAACACCAAAAACCAAAAA